AUGACGUUCAAAUCGCGAUUUCUGCUAGCCCCUCCACUAGUGCCGUUGGUGACGGCGAGGCUUACAUUUCUAUCCUGUGUCCUCGACGGUGGUAGCCCUGAUACAGGAGAGGUGACGCCGUUUGAAAGCCGCCCGGGACCAGGAGGAAGAGGAGAAGUGAGCGCAGUGGCGGGCUUGGUUUGGGGGGAACUAACAGAUCCGGCUGAUGACGGUUGGCCUGAGGGCGAAGGACUACGAAUUGCAGACGACGUUGCAUUCGGUUUGCCCUUAUCGUUGGAUAUGCUGACAGUUAACGGACUUGUCACACGUCGCUCGAAAUUAGCAUCUACCGGCACUGGAGCGGGUCAGCAGCAGAUACCACAGGCCGGCGAAUCAGCAGAUAUAACACUCAAACAAGAUUGGAUGGCCUAUCCAAGUGGAAUCGCACGUGACCAAGAUGAAGGAUUUGGUAGUGAAUUCAAACAAAAGUUUUUCCAUGCCGUACGACAACUUACUGUAGAUGCACGUAGACGUAAUACACUACUCAUAAGGUCGCUGAAAACGCUUCGACAGUCCGCGACCGGUUUCGCCCUCCUUGGGGCGCAUCAGUUGUCGCGAUAUGUAGAAACGGAUAAUGCGAAAUUCCCAGUCGCUUUUAAAGGCCUCAAAUAUGCUGUUGAACAGGAUUGGGAGAAUAAACUCGGAUACAGAUCCAAAUACUACUCUAGGUGA